GCCCGCAGCCUACUCGCGGGGAAUGCCGGGAGCCGCGGGGUCUGCCGGGAAGAUGGAGGACUGCAGCCUGGAUGAUUUCCUCAAGCGGAACCGGGAGUUGGCGGACUGCAGCCUGGAGCAACUCCGGGGCCUGUCCGAAAGCGAUAAACACUGGACGGCGCGCAAGAGCUUUCUGAUCCGCAACCUGAACGAUUACUCGCGGGAUCGCAUGGAUGACCUGGUCGCGCUCUCCAUGGUCUGGGCCAACCACGUUUUCAUGGGCUGUCGUUACAGUGAGCAACUUACAGAGAAGGUUUUGAAAAUGGCUGAAGAAAUUGAUGUUGAAGAUGCACCACAUUUCACUACAAGAGAUGAGAUAAUGAAACAGAGACAGUAAAAGAGUAUACCAGGACAGAGGUCUUUUCAGUUUCUUCUGUUAAGUUUUCUGGGAGUUGCAAAGAUGACGGACUAAGUGUGCUGGGUCUUUAGUCCCUGAUGCAACAAACAAUCAAAUAUAUUGCAGAUGUCUAAUUUGAAUCUAUGAUAAGAUUUUAUUUAUCUGGUUACAUUGUUAACCAUAAAGAUUAUAGAAUUUUGUAGUUCUCAUAACAGUUGUAAAUGGGAAUUAGGGAUAGAACUGGUUAAGGAGUGGCAGGAACAUUGCAGAGUAUCAUCAGUCAUGGCUCAACAUUUUAAAUGAUUUUCAGAAUUGGCAUCAAAUGUUUGCUGCUCUAAUGGAUCAGCUAAAUCGAUGACCAAGCUACUGUCUCCUCCUGCACUAAAAUUAAAUAACAGGUAAUUACAUGAUGCUGCUUUUUGCAGAUAUUGCAGGAGGAGAAAGAAGUGUUUUUUUUUUUAACUGCUUGAAGCAAAUAGUACAUUUGGAAAAGGUGCAGUUUCAGCAGCAUUUCGCAAUUAACUUGGUUAUCUGAUGCUGUUUGGUUUUCAAAAAGGGUGCAAAGACCUAUUUAUGAUCUUGCUGUCCCAAAUUAAAUUUUGUAGCUGAAAUUGACUCCUUAGCAUGAAGGAGCAAACAGACUUAGUGAGCUACACUGGAUUUCUAUUUCCUCAGUGUUGUGGCCAAGUACAUGUUUGGAUAUAUAUUUUUUAGGGUGGGAGGUAGUUUGAUCGUGAAAACGCUAGUUUAAAGAUGCACCAUUUGGGUUCCUCUGAUGUGUGAAAUGCCUGAUAUAUCUCUGUAUUCUGACCAAGAACAGAGUAUUUGUUAUCCAGUGUCAUUUUUUUUUUUGAUAUGAUAAAGCCUAAGAUUUCAAAUAGCUAGGGGUUUGAAUGCGGAAUUGAACACUCUUGAUCUAUUACAUUGUACUGAUUCUCUUAUAUUUAUAGAAUGCAACCGUGUACUGAGAUUAAGGAUGAUCUGCAAGUGGAGGAUUUGAUCAUAUUAGAUCUUUGUGCUUUUAUAACCAAUACAAAAAAAAACACUUCACUUUGCCAUAGUUGUAAAUUUGAUCUACAGCCAUGUUUUUUGAUGUAGACAGUAUUUAGUUUCGUCUGUUUGUUUUAACAUUUUACAUUGUUUUUGAUAGCUAACAGUCUGAACAGGAUCUUAACAUAAUUGUUGAAUGCAAUAAAUUGACCUCGAACAAA